GCUGCCGUCUUUCCUCUUCCGGCGGGUGCUGACCUUGCCCCGCAGCGGAGCCGCCGGAGAGUCCCGAGUGUCUCAGACCCGAACCCGCAACCCGAACCCGAACCCGAACCGCAGCCAUGGUGGCCUACUGGCGGCAGGCCGGGCUCAGUUACAUCCGGUACUCCCAGAUCUGUGCCCAGGUGGUAAGAGCGGCAAUGAAGCCUCAGUACAAAGCAGAGGCAGAAAGGGCAGCAGUGGCCACUGUGAAGACUGUGAAACCCAAAAAGGAAUAAAACGAGCUCAUUUGUGAUGAAUAACAGCAAACUGCAAAGCUGUAGGCAAGCUCAAGACUGCAAAAUGUCAUCACAUUAACUGUAAAACUUGCUCCUGUAUGCAAAUCAGCAUGUUAAUAAAUAUAUUUUCUGUUUAACAAA